CGACUUAUCAUGAACAGAUUAGUGCCAAGACUUUCCAUUGCAAUUAUCUCAGUUUAUUCACACAAUUAGUACUUUAGUGUAUGAUUUUAAGCAAGCUCGUCAAGCGUUUCAUUUAUUAGUCGGCAUUCAAGUUUACAGGUAACCUCACACAUUUUGUUUACAAGCUUUCAGCUUAGAUCAAGGUAACUUGAGUAGCAAACUAGUUUGAAACAGUUGUUUUCUUGCUACAUUAUGCAGCACAAGCCGUCUCAGUCCAUCAACAACUUGAUUCUUGUAUUGCUUAGUUCAAGCACAAUAAGGUUUAGCACCAUGGCUUUAGUCCCGAACUCCUACCCGAUCCACACCAAAUCGCUAUAUCAACCUCCACUAACUGAAGUGGCCGAAGUUUUCAGAUCGUAUUUGCCAACAAACUUCCAGGAGGUUAACGUAUCAGUGGUAGAGUGUCCGGACCUUACCAGCAAGCCUUUUCUUCUGGCAGCUGGAGGCUUAAACGGCAACGCCAAACUCCUGGAAAUUGGGGGCACGCAGUAUCUUCUGCCAUUGGUCACAAGAGAAAAACUAUACGAUCUACUUGACAUUGCCAAGUCUGUAGCUCUGGAGCCGGCUUUUCUUAUUGGAGCGGGGGCGGGGCCUCAUCCAUUCAUUGGCGGAAACUGUGAGGGAAUUGUAAACCUUAAGAUUGAAAAAGGGGUGGCAGACCAGCAGACUAGAACAUCCAAAGUCGAAGGUGCUGAUGAGUACAUGGUGGUCCAAAUUCUGCCGAACAAUGAGACCAGAAUUGCUUUGUUGGGGAACAUUUUCGCCUCAGAAGGAAAACCAGGCAAAGUGAUAAAGGUCCACGUAAAAAAACGCACAGGCGCGAAGAACUUCAUUGAAACGUUGAGGAACGCAAUUGAAGAAAAGUACGGCAAAGAUCAGUUGGUGGGCAUUGGAGGAGCCUUCCUGAUAGCCGAAGGCAAGGCCAAACAGCACGUAAUGCGAGACUUUUCUAAAACCCCUUUAACAAGUGAAGAUGACGUCAACAACUGGUUAAAAUUCUACGAAAUGUCAGCUCCUUUAACAGCACUCGGCACUUUUACGAGUAACGAUGGGGCGGACUUAGAUUUGCGAGUGCAGCAUUUCCACAGCUUUAGCACACAUGGAGAAGCUGGUCACUAUCACUACGAUACAACGCCAGACACUGUGGAGUAUCUGGGCUAUUUCAAUGUGGCUCAAGAAGUUGUGAGGGUAGAUAAACCUGAAUCUGGCUCUAAAUUGGGAAGAGACUGAGGAUUUGUUCGGCGGGGGUUUAGUUCACCCGAAUGCAUAAAAUUUUUGGAAAAUUAAUAAAAGUGAUCAGCUUGAGAAAAACUCAUUUUAGUCACACA